AUGUCAAACAACAACGACCGAGCUGUCCCAGAAUCCCCCGUCCGCGAUCUCACUGAGCACUUUCAGAGUGUUUCAAUCGGCACCGGCUCGAUUUCUGUGAGCAGUGACAGAGCAACCAUGUCAUCGCGAGAUGCGAGUCAUGUCGACCAAGGCCCCGACGCCGCUCCGAGCGACCCGAUGCACGAUUUGGCAGCUUGUCUUGGCCUUGUCUCGGCGAAAAGUUUGGCGCCAUUUUCGCCUCGUUUGCCCAACGUCAACCUGGCCACCCAGCGGUCUGGCCUCCUGGCGGCUCUGCCCGAUGCAAGUACCAUCAAAGGCAACGAGCUGCCACAGCUGUCAGAUGAACAGCGGACAAGCGCCGCAGCAGUGCUUAAUGAGCUGGAGCUGCCAGACACCUGCGAGUCUGUCCCGCAUGCAGUUGGUUUCACACUACUCAAAACCCUCCUCCGGGAGCUGAAAAAAGCCGAGGCGAGAGCCGCAGCCGCCGAGCAGGAGCGCCAGGAAGCCGAGAAGCUGAAAGCCGAGACAGCGCGCCUGGAAGCCGAGAAGAGAGCCCUGGUUGCCGAAGAAAUAGCUCGUCAUGUAUUUCUAUUGGAACUUGACAAAGGCCUGCCCCCUCUCGUCUCCUGUUUCCGAGCCUCCUCAAAAACAAAAAGUGCAUCAUCGCGCCACCCACCAGCCACCGCUGUUGCUGGCACUUUCAACUGCCAUCCCCACCUCUUCAAGAACUACCGACCGGCUGGCACCACUUCACUCGCGGGUAGGAUUGGCUACAACAGCGAAGCUACCAUUCAGCUGUAUGUUGCGGAGACUCUCAGGACCCUGAUCCGAUCAAUUCCUCAGCACCUCAUCGGCCCCGCGGAAGAUACGAGCAUUUACUUUUUACAAAAUGCUUUCUUAAACACAACGAGUGCGAACGGUCGAAAGUCUGAUCUGAUGUACAUCUCCGUGUUCGGAACGCGUCUCGGACCGGGUCGCGGCGCCUUCGAAGUCAAGUGCCCCAGCCGUGCGUCUGCUGCCAACCACUCUGUUGAGGAAAACUACAGACUCGCCAAGGAAGAUAUGAAUGACACCCAUUUCAUCGGACAGCUCUUCGACGACAUGCAAGAGCUUCGCAUGACGUUCAAUCUCAACCACGUUUUUGGCGUCCUCACCAACUACAGGUUCUGGAGGAUCUUCUGGCUCGAUGAUCCGCUGAGCAUCGCAAUGGCCGGGUCAGACGGCCCGCUGCCUCUUCCAGGCAGACCGGAUCUUGACGGGUUUGCGGCCGGGGCGCCAGUUCCUGAUUUCUCCUCGACGAACGCCUUCACGGCCAAUUUACCUGAUGGACAAGAGCUGCCCCGACAGCUAUAUGCUUCGAGCAUUUUCCGCCACGACGACCCGCGGCUUUUCCCGCAUUUGCUCUCGGUGCUCUACAAGAUGAGUCGCGCCCUUCCCAGCCGUGCCGUCGGUGGCAGAGUAGCGCUGCACAUCUCACAGGCUGAUCGCUCGUGGCAAAGCAUUCCGCACCCCGUGCUCAAUUUUUCCGCGAUGGUGUCGAAGCAAUCGGGACAAUUCUGGCUGCUGUUCCGACUCGGCGGUGGCGGAGAUGGCACAGCGUGGCUGGCCACCAAUGGCAAAGAGAGCGGCAAAGUCUGCGUCGUGAAGAUCUUUCUGCCAGGAACGUUGGCGGAAGAUGUUCAAGCCGAGUGCGAACGUUGGAAGAUCUGGCCAGGGCUACCCGCCACGUUCACUCACACCUUGAAUAGAAUGGGGCUCUGCCUUGUCAUGCCUUUCCUCAAGACGUAUGAUCAGCCGCGCACGGACCCAGCCGAACUCGACGCCAUCCGCACCGCCAUUACCGCCAUGGCGGAGGCGGGCUAUCGGCACGACGAUUUGGACUUGCGUCACGUCGGCUUCUACAGGGUGAAUGGAGUUCUUCACGCUGCCCUGCUCGAUCUGUCGCGCGUCACUCGUAUUCAAGAUAACGAUAUAGAGCAGGGGAAGAGGUUGAUGUUGGAACGGCUUGGAAUGCUGGCCGAGGCGUCGACAUGA